UACCAGGCGAUAGCAGAGAGCUGCAUUGGAAGUGGAGCAGCCGGAUCUCAAAGCUGGCGGCUUUACCUGCUACGCCACAGCGCCACCCUGUUCUUACGUAUCGUGAAGACCAAAGGAGAAAGAGUGUGAAGCAGAGGAAUCCUUCCAGGAGAAGCUGCUCCCAGCUCGCUCUCCUGGGAGCAUGAGUCCAAGAAACAGGAAGUGCUGCUCCUGAGGAGAGAGACAUGGGCCCUGCCAGCUGUGCCUUCCUGGUGUUUCUUUUGCUGGGGUCUUACCCACGCUCUUUUCUGAGAAAGAAAGAUCUGAAGUCAGUAUGUGGGCGACCUGUACUCUCAAGCCGCAUUGUUGGAGGUCAGGAUGCUGUGGAGGGGCGCUGGCCCUGGCAAGUCAGCCUACAGCUGGCAGAUGCCCAUAUCUGUGGAGGUUCCCUCAUCAGCGAGAGGUGGAUACUGACAGCGGCACACUGCCUACAGAGGACAUGGAAUACAUUUUUAUAUAGUGUAUGGCUGGGAUCCACUAAAAUAGGCUAUUCAAGUAAAGCUGUGAAAUACUACGUGUCCAAGAUCAUCAUCCAUCCCAAAUAUGACAACAGAACCGCAGACAUUGCCUUGUUGAAACUGGCUUCCCAAGUCACCUUCACUUCUUUGAUCACACCCAUCUGCUUACCCACCAUCGCAAAGCAGCUGAAAAUUCCCCCUUCUUGUUGGGUGACUGGAUGGGGAAAAGUUAAGGAGAGUACAGACAACAAUCACCCUUCUGACCUCCAGGAAGUAGAACUACCCAUUAUUCACCGCCAGGCUUGUGAACGACUUUAUAAUCCAGUUGGUAUCUUCUUUCCAGAAAUGGAGCCAGUCAUCACAGAAGACAUGCUUUGUGCUGGUGAUACUCGGGGAAUGAAAGACAGUUGCCAGGGUGAUUCUGGAGGGCCUCUAUCGUGUGACAUUGAUGGUGUCUGGAUCCAGAUAGGCGUGGUAAACUGGGGAUUGGAAUGUGGUUCAUCUCUUCCUGGGGUCUAUACCAAUGUGACCUAUUACCAAAAAUGGAUUAACACCACUAUCUCAAGAGCGGAGGUCUGGCAUAGCAACAAUCUGAACUUAUCUAACUUCUUGGUCCUUACUGCACUACUCUCUUUGGCUUUCCUGGGACCCUCCUAUGCCUCUGGGCCUAACAUUACCAGGAGAGUAGGCAAUAUAGCUGAAGCUGCUGCUUGAGUAUUGGGCUGGAGAGGGAAUUCAUGGAGAAUAAAUCUCAGUCACCAGGAAUCUUGGUGUCCUUACUUAUAACUUGAAGGGAUUUUAUUGUUAAGGUUCUUGAUUUUGGAAGUAUGUUUUAUUGGUUUGAAUGUGAAUAGCUAAAAAAUAAGGCUGUCCCAUCCAUAAUGGUAUUUUUUGCCCCUAACUAAUGCACCUUGCAGGACAGGAAUGAUGUCCUCUAUGAGUAAUUAUUUGUGAACACAAAUUAAAUAGCUAUUGGAGAGGCAGGCAAGGCAAAAAUUGUAUGUGAUGGCAAAAGGGAAGGUCUUGAAAGUAUUAUAUCAAAGGUACACUUUAUACUCAUAGGUUGCAUCAUAGGAUUCUUACCUGUCCUAUACCCUAGUUCUCACUUCCUCCACUAAUCUACACUUUCCUUCCAACACUCUUCUAUUCCUCAGCCUAUAACAAGGGAUUUAAUUAGAAAUGUGUAUAUGUAGUUCAAUUCUGUAUUUUUCUGAAAUUUUUGCUUUUAAAAAUAUCAGUGUUAUCUACUACUAACAAUGGAUUGUUAUGAACUCAAGACCCGAGUUCUUGAGUUUCAACAUUUAGACCUAUCCAGGUUGCCUGUCACUUCUGUAGUAAAGCAUCUUAAAUGUUUAGAGCAGAAGAUUAUAUCCCUGCUUCCUUUUGUUAAACAUGGACUGUGCUACUCCCUUCUAUGCCUAGGCUGCCAGAACCAUAUUCCAAUUCUUUCUAUGCCUUGAAUCUCAGUUCACCCCUCACAUCCUCAAAGAA